ACAAGGAGCGAAUCCGGAUUUUAUUGUAUUAGUCAUCGUUUAGAUUUGUUUUGCAAUACUUUGAUAUCAUAUAAAUCCCACCUUAUAUUGACCUGUCGUUAUCCAUUAUAAUACUAUGAAUUUCUUCAGGAAAGAGCCCACUGUUAAAGAACAGCAGAGACAGAAUGACCGGGAACUGCGCAAAGCUACCAGAGAGCUCGAUAGGGAUAAGGCCACGCUAGAGAGAGAAGAAAAGAAACUGGAAAUGGAAAUCAAAAAAAUGGCAAAAGAAGGAAACAAUGAAGGUUGUAAAAUAUUAGCAAGGCAGUUGGUUCAGCUGCGGAAACAGAAGACAAGAAUAUAUGCGGCUAACAGCAAGAUUGCCAAUGUCCAAAUGACUAACAAGACCAUGGGUGCCAACAUAGCCAUAGCAGGGGCCAUGGGUACCACAGCCAAGACCAUGGGCAGCAUAAAUAAGGUCAUGAACCCGCACCAGAUUGCCAAGGACAUGGAAGGAUUUAAACAGGCAAAUGCUAGGCUGGAUAUGACUGAUGAAAUGAUCAAUGACACACUAGACGACAUAAUGGACGAGUCCGGAGAUGAAGAGGAGACUGAGGGCGUAGUCAACAAGGUCCUUGACGAAAUAGGCAUCGAGAUCAGUGGAAAGAUGGCAAACGCCCCAUCGGUGAACCGCGGCAAGCUAGGCGAGACCACGGCCGACAAAGACAUUAUGGCACAGCUCGCCAAACUCAAGUCCUAGGGCGGACUUUAUUGGCCCUAUUGAAGGAGAUUACUUCACGAUUCAUCACCUUCUUGUUUCUCAAGUUAUCGUUCUCAUCGGAAAUCCAAGUUUCGUCUAUUUACCUCUCUGUCUUUGCAAGAUUGGGCGACAAAGAAAGAAAUAGACAAAGCUUUGGAUUUCGAUGUCCUGGUAUGCGGCCUAAUUUUAGCCGAUUAACUCAAUGAAAUCCUGAAUUAAAGUGAGAAAAAGUUGUAAUUCAAACAACGCUGAAACGUACGACAGCCGAGAGGUUACUGUUUCACUGGAUUUUUCUUUCUUCGGUAUUUUUCAGUAACAAAAAUAAACAAUUGAAAGAACGUUUGGGUUCGCUUAUGAAACCCGGGCAACAAGAAUCUAAGUAUAUUGGGAACUAACCUUUAAGAGCUGAAGCCGAACAAAAUAUUUAUUAAACAAAUUCAAUUAUACGGCUAAAAUGUAUGCCACUGAUUUUGCAUGGUUCUGUUUCCUAUGCUAAAUCUACCGUCGAGGUAGAGCUUUCUUUUUUAGACAAGUGUAAGGGAUUCUCUUUUUACGUUGACAAAAAUAGUAUCGAACCUCUUAAUCAUAACCUAAUAAUCAGGUAUGGUUUUAUCCAAAUAACAUCAAAAAUAAAACUAUAAUUUUAUGGAACAAGUAGUAAUCUGCCCUCCAAAGCCGAAUAGCGCUAUUUAUAUCUCAAUAACAAAUGAUUUUGAAAAUGGAAUUAUCAACUAUAAAAAAAAAAGUAUAAGUUAGCAAUGAAUUUUCUUUAGAGAUCGUGCUAUUUGGAUUAGUAGGGGCAGUUAUGUUUUGUCUCGAUGUCUUCGAGUUACACGAAUAGGUAUUAACAGAACUGCUGUUGUUUUUAUAAAAUAUUUAAGUGGCUAAAAAUUUGCAAAGUUGCAUAACAAAAUGGCUAUAUGAAAAAAUAUAUUCAAAUAAUUAAAUAUAUGCAUCCAUGUGCUAGCCUUUUGUUUAUAUAAACCUAAAGUUUGUGACGAUGGUUUAAUAUAAUAGCUUUUAAAAUAUUUCUAAUCUUGAUGGCACCGAGUAUUGGGAUGGUUAUUGUUUUACUUUUAAUUUAUAUUUGUUAUCAAUCAUUACGUUAGUAAUACAUAUGAGCUGAUUAUCCGAUUUUGGCUACAGCGUCUUUGUGUUCUGAUAUAGGCAUCUUGGUUCUAACUGCUACACAAAAAUACCUACUUCCUUGAACAAUCAUUGUACAUACUUUUAAUUGGUUUACUAUACCUAUGUAUUUCUACAAUAAUAUUACCGUUAAUCCCUGGGUCUAAUAUAUCUGCAUAUUCGGUCGUGAUAGUUUAAAUGCCAAUUAUAUUUUAAUAACCUACCGUAAGAUAAAAAAUAUCUAUCUAUAAUUCUAUAAUUUAUCUCAUCUAUGUUAGUGAAAUUAGCUUAUUAUUUACGCACUUUUCCAUCCAUUGGUUAAUUUAAAUAUUGUAAAUACCUAAUGUACCUACAAAUGUAAAAAUAAUCUGUGAUAUUUUUGUAUUACAUGGUACUUACACGAA